AUGACCAGACCCCAUACUCCAUGGCUGGUCCAGAUACUUUCUCUGGGUGACAUUCAAUUGACCCGUGGUCCGAGAUUGUCGAAUGGCGCAGACAUCUUUCUGCCCGGUAAUGUCGGGUACGACCAGUUAGCGAAGAGAUACACGGACUUCGACCGGCCUACCUUUGCUGCGAUAGUAGCUGUGGCAUCGACAAGAGAUGUAGUGGAAGCCAUCCAAUACGCCCGAACCCACCAGUUCCCAUUCCUCGCUCAGUCAAGGGGCCAUGCUCUGGCUGGCUCCGUCGUCCCAGCCCAGGAACCAAUUCAGCUCAACUUACGACGAAUCAAUGAGGUUACCAGCUUGAUGGGGGUGACACUUGAAGUAGGCCUUGUCUCUGGUGAGGGUUGCGAGGAGCAGCAACUCGGGGUAGUAACAGAGGCGGUGAUUCGCACAUAUCCGCAGCAGAACGGAGGGAUGCAUUUCGUGGCCGACAUGGAAUUUAAGAGCACUGAUACUGCUCAAGUCUUCGCUACGGUGAACCGCAUUUCGACCCCAGCUCUGCCGAGCGAACUGGCCAUUACGAUUGUCACCCACUACCAGGGCGAUGCGGAACCGUCCGUGUUAAUUGUCAACUUCGUAUGGUCCGGCCCCCACGAGACCUCCCUGGAGUAUCUGCGCGUCUUCCGAGACCUGGAUCCCACCUCGAGCAGCGAGAGAUCCGUGCCCUGGGACGUUCCGCCCUGGGUGACUUAUCGGGCCCUGAAUCGGCUGAUCUGCGACAACCCGGGGGGCCAGAAUAACAGCUAUUCUGCUAGUCUGGCAUUCUACAAUCCCUCGGCGCUGGCUAAGCUCGUCCAGGAAUGGGAGGACAGGAACCGCCAGUCUCAAGGUCACAUCCGGUUUUCUCUGAUGAUGCAGACUUUCAGCAACGCCACCAAAGCGGAAGAGGAUGACGAUGCGUUUCCGUGGAGAGGGAAGUUGAAUCACCUUGUGUCCGUUCAAGCGCACUAUACGGACAUAUCCUUCCGAACCGAGGUGGACAAACUACAAAAAGCCCAGCGAGACCUUCUGGUGAACGCCAGUGGUUAUGGCCGGCUGCAGCAAUAUGUGAAUCUAGGACACAGAUUGAGCGACCCUGUUGAGAGCCUGUACGGAAGCGAGGGCACGAGGUUGCACCGCCUUUGGGAUCUCAAGGAACGGUGCGAUCCCGAGGGAUGGUUUAAUCUGUACCAGCCGCUGCGCCGAGCUCCUCUCGGCUGUCGAGAGCGAUGA